AUGCUCCAAAGCUUGGUCCCUCGACCCCCUCUCUCUUCUGAACCUAAUAUGAACACAAAACGCUCUGAACGCGAACACGACGACGGCGACUCCUCCCUUCAACAACCAUCUUUCAAAAGACCUAACUACUCCGGCGAGAAAACCGUGGCGGAAGGUGAAACACACGACGAGGAGCAAGCGUUUGAGCCUCAGAAUGAAGGCGAAUCCAUAGGUUUGAAACUCCUAGGGCUAUUACUCCGAUGCGCUGAGUGCGUCGCUACGGAUAACCUCGACUUUGCUAAUGAUCUCUUACCGGAGAUUACCGAGCUUUCCUCACCGUUCGGGAGUUCGCCAGAGCGAGUUGGCGCGUACUUCGCACAGGCUCUACAAGCGCGAGUGGUGAGUUCUUGCCUUGGUAGUUACUCGCCGUUAACGGCUAAAUCGGUAACCCUAACUCAGUCGCAGAGAAUCUUCAACGCGUUUCAAUCCUACAACUCGGUUUCACCGCUGGUGAAAUUCUCGCACUUCACUGCUAAUCAAGCUAUCUUCCAAGCUGUAGACGGUGAGGAUCGUGUUCAUAUCAUUGACCUUGAUAUCAUGCAAGGACUUCAAUGGCCAGGAUUGUUUCAUAUUCUCGCUUCACGAUCCAGGAAGAUCCGUUCAGUGAGAAUCACCGGCUUCGGAUCUUCAUCGGAGCUUCUAGAAUCAACGGGAAGAAGACUCGCCGAUUUCGCGAGUUCGCUCGGACUUCCGUUUGAGUUUCAUCCGGUGGAAGGUAAAAUCGGAAGCGUAACAGAACCGAGUCAACUCGGUGUUAGACCAAACGAAGCCAUCGUGGUUCACUGGAUGCACCAUUGCUUGUACGAUAUAACCGGAAGCGAUUUAGGGACGUUGAGAUUGCUGACUCAGCUUAGGCCAAAGCUAAUCACGACCGUUGAGCAGGAUCUCAGCCACGCUGGUAGCUUCCUGGCGAGGUUUGUGGAGGCUUUGCAUUAUUACAGCGCGUUGUUCGACGCGCUGGGGGAUGGUUUGGGUGCGGACAGUGUGGAGAGGCAUAUGGUGGAGCAGCAGCUGUUGGGGUGUGAGAUAAGGAACAUUAUCGCCGUGGGAGGGCCCAAGAGGACUGGCGAGGUGAAAGUUGAGAGAUGGGGGGAUGAGUUGAAACGGGCCGGGUUUCGACCCGUAUCGCUUCGGGGCAACCCGGCUGCACAAGCCAGUUUGUUGUUGGGGAUGUUUCCUUGGAGAGGGUAUACACUUGUGGAGGAGAAUGGUUCUUUGAAGCUUGGAUGGAAGGAUCUUUCUCUUUUGAUUGCGUCUGCUUGGCAACCGUCUGAUUUGAUUACUUACACUUGA